UAUGUUAACACCCACCUACACCCUGUGAAAUGCAAUCAAUUGGAAGAAAGGGGUGUGGUAUUCAGAGAUUUAUAAAAGGAUGCUUCAGGAGCCAAGCUCAUUCUUCUCCAGAGCCCACAGAGCAACUUUGCAACUGGCCUUGGAGACUUCCAAAAGCUACCAACACUGCACUGUGAGACUCUCAUCCCUGAGUGGAAUCCAUCAUAUUCGACAGCAAGCUUUGGUGAGAACAUAGAUACAUUUCUGAGGAAAAUGGACUCAGACUUUUCACAUGCCUUCCAGAAGGAACUCAUCUGUGUCAUCUGUUCGAACUACCUGGUAGACCCUGUCACCAUCUGCUGUGGGCACAGCUUCUGUAGGCCCUGUCUCUGCCUUUCCUGGGAAGAAGCCCAAAGUCCUGCCAACUGCCCUGCAUGCAGCGAACCAUCACAGAAACAGGACUUCAAAACCAAUAUUCUUCUGAAGAAUUUAGUGACCAUCACGAGAAAAGCCAGUCUCUGGCAAUUCCUGAGCUCUGAGAAACAAAUAUGUGGGGCCCAUAGGGACACAAAGAAGAUGUUCUGUGACGUGGAAAAGAGUCUGCUCUGUUUGCUGUGCUCCAACUCUCAGGAGCACGGGGCUCACAAACACUAUCCCAUUGAAGGGGCAGCUGAGGAACACCGGGAGAAGCUCUUAAAGCAAAUGAGGAUUUUAUGGAAAAAGAUUCAAGAAAAUCAGAGAAAUCUAAAUGAGGAGAGAAGAACAGCCUUCCUCUGGAGGGGCGAUGUGGUUUUAUGGGCACAGAUGAUCAGGAAUGAGUACAGGAAGCUGCAUCCAGUUCUCCAUAGGGAAGAAAAACAACAUCUAGAGAGACUGAACAAGGAGUACCAAGAGAUUUUUCAGCAACUCCAGAGAAGUUGGGUCAACAUGGAACAAAAGAGUAAACACUUGAAAGAAAUGUAUCAGGAACUAAUGAAAAUGUGUCAUAAACCAGAUGUGGAGCUGCUCCAGGAUUUGGGAGACAUCGUGGCAAGGAGUGAGUCUGUGCUGCUGCACAUGCCCCAGCCUGUGAAGCCAGAGCUCACUGCAGGGCCCAUCACUGGACUGGUGGACAGGCUCAACCGAUUCCGAGUGGAAAUUGCCUUCACUUGGGAAGUAACCAAUCACAAUAUCAGGCUGUUUGAGGAUGUGAGAAGUUUGAUGUUUAGUCGUGGAUCUUUGAAUUCCGACAGAUCUGACUAUUUUGCUGCAUGGGGAACCUGUGUCUUCUCCUCUGGGAAACACUACUGGGAGCUGGAUGUGGACAGCUCUUGGGACUGGGCUCUGGGAGUCUGUAAGGACUCCUGGAUAAGGAAGAAUGGCACAAUGGUUACAUCUAAGGACAUAUUUCUUCUUUUGUGUGUGAAGGUGGAUAAUCGUUUCAGUCUCUUGACCACCUCCCCAAUGUUUCCUCACUAUGUAGAGAAACCUCUGGGCCGGGUUGGUGUGUUUCUUGAUUUUGAAGGUGGAAGUGUGAGUUUUUUGAAUGUCACCAGGAGUUCCCUCAUAUGGAGUUACCCGGCUGGCUCCUUAAAUUUUCCUGUCAGGCCUUUCUUUUCCACUGGCCACAGAUGAUCAGGAUUAAGAGACCUGACUGUUUGGGAGCCCCAUAUACAAGGGACCCCUUCACUGUUGAUACAAAGAAAUCAUACUGUUCAGGCUUUCAUCUAUGUUAGUGUCACUUCGUUUUGUUGCUAUUAAAUAGAAAAUAUGUAAAAUGCAGAACUUUUUUGUACAUUUUCUUACAAUUGAAAUAAUGUCCUAUGGCCCAUUUCCUAAAA